AUGCAAGUCUGGUACAUUGUACAGGAAACAAACAGAUCCCAUAAAUCAGAUGGCAGCGCGGCCAACGCGGCGAGCGGCGCGGGCAGGAGCAGCGCGGCGGCGGGCUCCAGGCCGGGCGAUGGCGGGAGCCUGUGCUCCGGUGCCAGGUUGGGCGACGGCAGGAGCUUGGGAUCCGGCUCCAGGUCGGGCGACGGCAGGAGCUCGGGCUCUGAUGCUAGGUCGGGAGAAGGCGGGAGCUCGAGGUCCGGAGACGGCGGGAGCGCGGGCCCCGCCGGCAAGGCCAUAACGAAGGAUGAAAAUGAGUGGAAAGAAUUUGAGCAAAGAGAGGUUGAUUACAGCGGAUUAAGAGUUCAGGCAAUGCAAAUAAGUGAAAAGGAAGAUGAUGAUAAUGAGAAGAGAGAAGAUCCAGGAGAUAAUUGGGAAGAAGGUGGAGGUGGCAGUGGAGCAGAAAAAUCUUCAGGUCCCUGGAAUAAAACCGCUCCGGUACAAGCGCCUCCUGCUCCAGUAACAGUUACAGAAACCCCGGAGCCAGCAAUGCCCAGUGGUGUAUACAGGCCUCCUGGGGCAAGGCUAACCACAACAAGGAAAACGCCACAAGGACCACCGGAAAUAUACAGUGACACGCAGUUCCCAUCCCUGCAGUCCACUGCCAAGCAUGUAGAGAGCCGGGACAGGGAUAAAGAAAUGGAGAAGAGCUUUGAAGUAGUAAGACACAAAAAUAGAGAUAGGGAGGAGGUUUCAAAAAACCAGGCCCUUAAACUUCAGCUAGACCACCAGUAUGCCAUGCUUGAGAAUCAGAAGUACAGCCACACACAGUACAGCUAAGGAAUGGUCUUUGCUAAGCCUACCAAGGUAACUAGACCACAGCUAACCACCAAGAACAGCCAUUCAUCGUUUUGAUUUCUGGAUCUACA